CGAUGGCCGGCGGUAGUGCUGGUGGCAGUUGCCUGCAUGACGAGUACAAUACACGCCGAGUCUUUAUUAGGAAUAGGUGGAGGCAGUAUAUUUAGCAAUGAAUCCGACGUGCCAUGCCCGUUCGGGACCUUCCGAUGCUCCGAGGGAAAGUGUAUACCGCAGACGUCGGUCUGCAACUACCAAAAGGACUGCGAUAAGGGCGAGGACGAGUUCAGCCACUGCCCGCCACCGGAGUGUGAAACGGGCCAGAUAAGCUGCGGACAGUACGUGUUCAACAAAACGUACUGCAUACCGCCCCACUAUAAGUGCGACAUGACCAUCGACUGUGUGGAUGGGACCGACGAGUCCGACUGCACGUACCGCAAGUGCCAACCGGACGACAUCCGGUGCGGGACACCGGCCCAGGGCAGCAUCACGGCGGCGCUGAGCGGCCGGGGCGGCGGCACGGCCGACAUUUGCGUGCCGAAGGAGAAGCGCUGUGACGGUUACCUCGACUGCCGUACCGGCAAGGACGAGGAGGGGUGCCCGGGCGGCACCGCCUGCCGGCUGGACCAGUUCCGGUGCGCGAACGGGGCCCGCUGCAUCGACACGGCGCUCAAGUGCAACCACAAGAACGACUGCGGCGACAACUCGGACGAGCUCGGUUGCAAUUUCCCACCGUGCCACGGGGGCCAGUUCCGGUGUGCGAACGCGCUCUGCAUCCCGGCGACGUUCCACUGCGACGGGUACCACGACUGUUCGGACGAGUCGGACGAGACGAACUGCACGGCGAUCGCCUGCCCGGACAACAAGUUCCUGUGCCCGCGGGGCGGCCCCAACGGGCAGGCCAAGUGCAUCGUGAAGACGAAGCUGUGCGAUGGCAAACGGGACUGCGAGGACGGCACGGACGAGGAGACGGCCUGCUCGACGGCAUCGUGUCCGGCGCUCGGCUGCGAGCACAAGUGUGGCCCGUCCCUGACGGGGGGUGUGUGCUACUGCCCGGCCGGCCGCACCCUCUCGCCGGACAACCGGACGUGCGCGGACCUGGACGAGUGCGGUGUGUGGGGCCACUGCGAUCAGCUGUGCACGAACACGGACGGUUCGUUUGCGUGCGCCUGUGCCACCGGCUACACGCUGGUGGAGACGCAACGGUGCGUCGCCCCGACCGCGUCCUCCCUCGAGCUGCUGUUCGCGUACGACCGUGCGAUCGUGCGCAUGAGCGCCCACGGGCAGGACGCCCGGAUCGUGGCGAACGCGACCGGUGCGAGUGGGCUCGCCCUGCACCACGCCAAAAACCUGCUCUACUGGUCCGACGUGAAGACGCGCAAGGUCCAGUCUCAGAGCCUGACGGCUCCGGCAGCAGCGGCAGCGGCAGAUGGGGAAGGGAUAGGCCACGAGUUCACGCUGCCGGGGACGUGGGCCCCGGUCGCGAUUGCCGUCGACUGGAUCGGCGAUAAGCUGUACGUGGCGGACCUGGUCGGCCAGAAGGUGGAUGUGUUCGAGCUGGACGGGCGCUGGCAUGCGGUUGUGCUCGGGUCGAACCUAACCAGCCCGGCUGACCUGGCACUCGAUCCGACCGCCGGUCUUAUGUUCGUCGCCGACGGGAGCCACGUGCUGCGCGCGCACAUGGACGGGACGCACGCGACGUCGAUCGUGUCGGAAGCCGCCUACAAGGCGUCCGGCGUCGCGGUCGACGUGAUCGCGAAGCGUGUCUUCUGGUGUGACUCGCUGCUCGACUACAUCGAGUCGGUCAGCUACGACGGCACGGCCCGGGUGAUGAUCCUGCGCGGACAGCAGGUCCCGAGCCCGUCCCGUCUGACGCUGUUCGAGAACCGAGUGUUCUGGUCGGAUGCCACCAAGCAGGGCAUCAUGUCGGUGGACAAGUUUGACGGCUCCACCAGCAUCCAGUCGAUCUUCAAGGCGAAGGACAUCCGGGAACCGAGGGCCCUCGUGGCAGUUCACCCGCUUACGCAGCCAUCCGUCUCGAACCCGUGCGGUGCCAACAAUGGUGGCUGCUCUCAGAUGUGCGUGGUGACGGCCGUGCAGGGGGCACCGUCCGGUCUGGGGUACCGGUGCGCUUGCCACACCGGCUGGCAGCUGGCCCGCGAUCUGAUGAACUGCAACCUGGUGCGCCAGUUCCUGAUGUACUCGCAGCAGCGCUUCAUCAAGGGCAAGGUGCUUGACCCGGUCAUCGAAGGGUUCAGCGAUGCGAUCCUGCCGGUGGUGUCGCGGCGUGCCCGCUUCGUUGGGCUCGACUUUGAUGCGGUCGACGAACACAUCUACUACUCGGACGUGCUGCAGGACGUGAUCUACCGGGUGCACCGGAACGGGACCGGGCGCGAGAUCGUGCUUGCCUCGCAGAACGAGGGUGUCGAGGGACUGGCGGUCGACUGGGUGUCGAAGAACCUGUACUACAUCGACUCGCGCAAGGGCACGCUGAACGUGCUGUCGACGCAUAACACCGCCUACCGGCGCACGCUCCUGAAGAAUCUGAAGCGCCCCCGGGCGAUUGUGGUGCACCCGAACCGCGGUUACAUCUACUUCAGCGAGUGGGACCGGCCGGCCAAUAUAAGCCGCGCGAAUGCCGACGGCACCGGGUUGACCGUGUUCCGGAAUGUGACGCUCGGUUGGCCGAACGGGUUGUCGAUCGAUUUCCGUGAGGAUCGCGUGUACUGGUGUGAUGCGCUGCUCGAUCACGUCCAACAUGCCGCCCUCGAUGGGACGGACGUGCGGACGGUCAAUUCGCGCCUGAUCCGCCACCCAUUCUCGAUCGUCAUCCACGACGAGUGGAUGUACAUUACCGAUUGGCGGCUGGACGCGAUCGUGCGUCUCAACAAGCUGAGCGGCGAACAGGAGGAGAUCAUGGUGCGGGAACCGCAAACGAACCGCCUGUACGGGGUGAAGGUGUACAGCCACAGCGUGCAGCGCAUCGAUGCCGGGCAACCGUGCGGUGUCAACAAUGGGGGCUGCGAGAAGCUUUGCUUCGCGCUGCCGCGCAACGAUAGUGAGGCCGGUCCGGGCGCGGCGCCCUCGCUGAUGGUGCGCUGCGGAUGCCCGUACGGUGAGCGGCUCGACGACGAUGGGCGCAACUGUCUGUCGGACCCGAACGCGGAACCGCCGGUCCAGGCGUGCCCGAAUACGUGGGACUUCACGUGCAGCAACCAGCGCUGCAUCCCGAAGUCGUGGAUCUGCGACGGCGACGAUGACUGUCUGGACAACAGUGACGAGGAGCAGAACUGCACCAAGCCAACGUGCGGGACGAACGAGUUCCAGUGCAAAUCGGGCCGCUGCAUCCCGCUCAACUUCCGGUGCGACCAGGAGAACGACUGUGGCGACCACUCGGACGAGUUCGAGUGCGGUAACGUGACGUGCGCUGCGUCACAGUUCGCGUGCGAAAACGGCCGCUGCAUCCCGAGCAUCUGGAAGUGUGACAGCGAGAACGAUUGCGGCGACGGUUCGGACGAGGGCCCGUUCUGUGCGGAGAAAACGUGCGCGUACUUCCAGUUCACGUGCCCGCGCACCGGCCACUGCAUCCCGCAGAGCUGGGUGUGCGAUGGGGACGACGACUGUUUCGACAAGCAGGACGAGAAGGACUGCCCGCCGAUCACGUGCCUCGCGAACCAGUUCAAGUGCGCCGACCUGCGCCAGUGCGUCGAGGAGCCGUACAAGUGCGACGGCAUUCCGGACUGCAACGACGGUUCGGACGAGCUCGGCUGCCCGACGGUCGAGCCGAACCAGUGCAAUCUGGAGAAGCACUUCCGGUGCCGGGCGUCCGGUGUCUGCAUCCCGCUCGCCUGGCACUGCGAUGGUUCGAACGACUGCGACGAUCACUCGGACGAGGAGGAGUGCGGCCGGAUUACGUGCCCGCCCGGCUUCUACCAGUGCCGGACGGGGGGUCGGUGCGUCUACAAGUCGUACAUCUGCGACGGCCGCGACGAUUGCGGCGACGGCUCGGAUGAGGGUGUGGAGCACGCAUGCGUAGCACCGCCGGUCCGCUGUCCACACGGCCAGUGGCCGUGUCCGGGUGUAACGGGGCGCUGCGUCAACUUGACGGCCGUGUGCGAUGAUGUACCGGAUUGUCCGAACGGUGCGGAUGAGGGCCUCGGUUGCGAUUUGGCUCAGUGUCAGCACCAGGCGGGCCUGUGUACGAACGGCUGCCAGAAGACACCGCUCGGGGCGCUCUGUAUCUGUCCGCCGGGCGAGGAGCUCGGACCGGAUGGGCGGACGUGCCGCGAUCUGGACGAGUGCAGCCCGCCGGGCCUGUGCUCGCAGCGGUGCACCAACACGAAGGGCUCGUACUUUUGCUCGUGCGUCGACGGGUAUCUGCUGGAGCCGAACAAACACACGUGCAAGGCGGUCAACCACCCGGCCGCGUUCCUCAUCAUCUCGAACCGCCACUCGAUCCUGGUGGCCGAUCUGCGCGAGCAGGGUCUCGAGCGGGUCCCGAUCAUCGUGGAGAAUGUGGUGGCGACCGCCUCGAACAUGCACACGGGCACCAUCUUCUGGAGCGAUAUGAAACUGAAGCGUAUCUCGCGCCUUGACCGCGGUCAGGAACCGCAGGAACUUAUCACCACGGGCCUCGAUCUGGUGGAGGGCCUGGCGUACGAUUGGAUCGGCCAAAACCUGUACUGGCUCGACAGCAAACUGAACACGAUCGAGGUGGCACACGAAAACGGCACCGGCCGGUUGGUGUUGGUGCGGGCGAACAUUACGCAACCGCGCGGGAUGUGCCUGGAUCCGGCGCCGGGCGCCCGGUGGCUGUUCUGGACGGAUUGGGGCGAACAUCCGCGCAUCGAGCGUAUCGGAAUGGAUGGGACGCUCCGUGAAACGAUCGUUUCAACGAAGAUUUACUGGCCAAACGGGCUGACGCUUGACGUUGCGACUCAGCGCGUUUACUUUGCCGACUCGAAACUUGACUUUAUUGACUUCUGCUAUUACAACGGCACGGGCCGGCAACAGGUGCUAGCGGCGAGCCAUUACCUCCUGCACGCUCACUCCCUGUCGCUGUUUGAGGACACGCUCUACUGGACGGACCGGCAGCUGAACCGGGUACUGUCGGCGCACAAAUACCGCGGCACCAACCAAACCGUCGUCAGCCACCUCAUCUCGCAGCCGCUCUCAAUCCACGUACACCACCCGUCCCUCCAGCCACUCUACCCGAGCCCGUGUGCCACCGGCGAAGGUGUGGAGCAGCCCCGCUGUCAGCACAUGUGCCUACUGAGCCCGUCCGCCUCGACCGGCUACAGCUGCAAGUGUCGGCCCGGUUACCGCCUGCUCGAUGGCCCCGGCGGACGCUGUGUGGUGGAGGAGAACGCAUUCAUCGUGCUGCUGCGGGGCAACCAGAUCGUGGACGUCCCUUUCAACGGGGGUGACGUGCGAUCGAGUGGCCUCCUCCCCGUCGUCGGCAUCGAGGCCGGUCUAGGGCUCGACUACGAUCGGCAGGGUGAAACGCUCUUCUGGGUGCAGGCAAGCGGAACCCGUGCCACCACCACCACCACCACCAGCGGCAACGCCGCACCCGGGGACGAUACGAACGACGACGAAGCGAACUGUACGAUCUACUCCGCACCGUACGGGGGCGGUGGCAACCGGACCGAGUUCCUGGGUGCAGGCGAAGGCCUCGUCGGAGCACCGUACACCCUGGCGUUCGAUUGGAUCGGCCGCAAUCUGUACGUGGGCAAUCGACUCGCCUCGAACCUGGCCGCGAUCAGCGUCGAUGGGAAGCAACGAUACCGGGCGGUGGUGCUAGCGAACGAUGGGACACGCGGUUCGGUCGCAAAACCACGCCAGCUGGCCCUAGAUCCGGCCGCUGGCCGACUGUUCUGGCUGGAUGAUGGAGGCUUCGGUGUACCGACCAAACUGGCGGCCGUCAAUCUGGACGGCACGGAACCGAUCGUGUUGGACGAUGCGCUACAGUACCCGGAAUCGGUCACGGUCGAUGCGGAGCGGCGCACCGUGUACUACAGUGCGCAGUAUCCACCCGCGAUCUAUGCGCUCGCUUACGAGGGUGGCACGCGCCGCACCGUGCUCGGUGAGGAAGGUGGCAUUGCACGGCCCCGAGCGCUGAACGUGCACGAAUCGCGCCUUUACUUCCUGGACCCGACGUACGAGAAGCUGGUCCGGGUGGACCUACCGAACGGGGACAAUGCGCGGCUGCUGCUGGACAACGAACCGGAUCUGCGCAGUAUGGUGAUCUUCCGGAAGCGAACGGCACCCCCGGCGCACCCGUGUACCGCGAGCAACGGAGGCUGCGAGCACCUGUGUGUGCCGCGGGCGGGUGGCGCCCGGGUUUGCCUGUGCGGAUUGGGGUACAAGCGCGAGAAUGAGGUCGCCUGUACGCCGUACAAAUCGUUCGCCGUCGUGGCGCAGCUCGAUGUCGCCCGGGGCUACAAUCUGCUGGCCGGGGGCGCAAACGCUGCGACGGCGGCGGAAGCGAUGGUACCGAUCGCCGGACCCGGCCACCACAUCCUGCACGUGGACGUGCUGUACCGGGAGGGCUGGGUGUACUGGGUCGAGUACAACCGGGGCCACUGGAACGGGGUGUUCCGGGUGCGCCCGAACGGUACCGAGCUGGAGCACGUAAUCCGCGACGGUAUCGGAAGCAACGGGGUGCGAGGGCUCGCCGUCGACUGGGUGGCCGGGAACCUGUACUUUACGAACGUGUUUCCGCACGAAAACUACGUCGAGGUGGCGUGGCUCGAUGGAACGCACCGGAAGGUGUUGGUCCGCACGACAAACGAUGCACCGCGCGAGCUGGCGGUGAAUCCGGUGAAGCGGCUCCUGUAUUGGAUCGAUUACGGGCAGUACCCGCGGAUCGGCAAGUGUGCGCUGGACGGGUCCCAGUGGCAACCGGUCGUUACGUCGGGGAUUUCGAACCCGCGCGACCUGACGGUGGACGCGCUGACGCACGACGUGUACUGGGUCGACUCGAAGCUCGACACGAUCCAGAAGGUGUCCUGGAGCGGCGGCAACCGGCAGGUGGUCCGGCGGAACCUCGCCAACCCGAUGGCGCUCGCGGUGCACGCCGCCGACGUGUACUGGGUUGACCGUAACCUGCAGGCCGUCUUCCGGGCGUCCAAGUUUCCGGUGGCUGCGACGGCCAACGGAUCGACGGGGGCACUACCGGAGCGGCUGCGCACGAAUCUGCCGCGUUUGCGGGACAUCACCAUCUACGACAUCGCCCAGCAACCGAUGGACGACAGCAACCCGUGCCGGCGGCUCGGAAACGGUGGCUGCGAGCAGCUCUGCUUCGCCCUAGCGCCAGCGCCACUGGAAGCCGGUGGAGUGACUGCGGGCAGUCCGGUGAAACCUUCCUUCCGGUGUGACUGUGCGGUCGGACGGCUAGCGGCCGAUGGGCGGCAUUGCGAGACGACCGACGAGUACGUGAUCUUUGCGACGCGCACCGAAAUCCGGGCAAUCGACCUGGAUCCCAGCUCGACCGCCGUCCCGUUUGCGCCCGUCGUCAACCUCACGAACGUGGUGGGGCUCGAUUUUGAUUACGCCGACAACAAGCUGUUCUUCACGCAGAUCCGCCCGUGGGCCAAGAUUGCGUACCUGCGGGCCGACAAACCGGGCGCCGCGGGGGCGGUUGGUGGGCCGUCCGCCAUUACGUCGGUGCUGACGCGUGGCAUCAACCCGGAGGGGAUUGCGUACGAUUGGACGCAGCGGAAGAUCUACUGGACGGACAGUUCGAACAAUUCGAUCUACGCGAUGAACACGGACGGCACGGAGCUGGUGAUGAUUGCGCGGGUCGAGCGACCGCGGGCGAUCGUGCUGGAUCCGUGCAACGGUACGCUGUACUACACCGACUGGGGGCGGUUCGGGACGUCGGGGAAGAUUUUCCGCACGACGAUGGCGGGUGGGUUGAAGCGGGCCGUCAUCGAUCGGGAUCUGUCGCAGCCGAGCGGGCUGGCGCUGGAUUACGACGAACGGAUGCUGUACUGGACGGACGCGGUGCGGGAGAAGAUUGAGCGGGCCCGGUUGCCGGAUGGGCGCGACCGGGAGGUGCUGAUCGCGGCCACCAUCUACCCGUUCGCGAUCACCGUGUUCCGGAGCUACAUCUACUGGACGGAUCUGCAGCUGCGCGGCGUGUACCGGGCGGAGAAGCACACGGGCGCGAACGUGGUGGAACUGGUGAAGCGGCUGGAGGACUCGCCGCGGGACAUCCACGUGUACAGCGCGCAGCGGCAGCAGUGCCGGGCGAAUCCGUGCUUGCAGCACAACGGGGGCUGUGCGCAGAGCUGUCACCCGGGGCCGGCCGGGCAACCGGAGUGUCGGUGCGAUGACACGACGAAGCCGGUGAACGAGGGGCGGAUGUGUGCGCCGCGGAACCAUACGUGCGAUGCGAGCAAGUUCUACUGCCAGAACGGGAAGUGCAUCUCGCGGAUGUGGUCCUGCGACGGGGACGACGACUGUGGGGACGGGUCGGACGAGGACGUGCGGUACUGUGCGUUCCACUCGUGCGCACCGAACGAGUUCCGGUGCGCGAACGGGCGGUGCAUCUUCCGGUCGUGGAAGUGUGACCACGAGAACGACUGCAAGGACGGCUCGGACGAGGAAGGCUGCAGUUACCCGCCGUGCGUGGAGGGUGAGUUUACGUGCGGCAACGGGCGCUGCAUCCCGGCCGCGCAGGUGUGCAACGGGAUUAACGAUUGCAAGGACAACGGGACGUCGGAUGAGACGCACGAGCGGUGCCCGACCAAUACGACGUGCCCGGCGCACCAUCUGAAGUGCGACCGAACGAACAUCUGCGUCGAGCCGUACUGGCUGUGCGACGGGGACAAUGACUGUGGGGAUGCGUCGGACGAAAACCCGCUCCAUUGCGCCCAGCGGACCUGCCCGCAGAACAGCUUCCGGUGCCCGAACCACCGGUGCAUUCCGGCCACCUGGUACUGCGACGGGGACGACGAUUGUGGGGACGGAGCGGACGAACCGCCCGAGUACUGCAAAUCGGAGGGCAGGACCUGCUUCGGGGAUCUGUUCACGUGCGACAACGGGAACUGUAUCCCACGGAUCUACAUCUGCGACGGGGACAACGAUUGUCUGGACAAUAGCGACGAGGAUGGGCGGCACCAGUGCAAUGAUCGGAAGUGCGACGAGGAUACGGAGUUUACGUGCGACGAAAACAAGGCGUGGGCGCGGGCCCAGUGUAUCCCGCGCAAGUGGAUCUGCGACGGUGAUCCGGACUGUGUGGACGGAGCGGACGAGAACACGACGCGUCACAGCUGCCCGUCGCCGGCGCCUUGUGCCGACGAUCAGUUCACGUGCGCCAACGGGCGCUGCAUCAACCAGGGCUGGGUGUGCGACCACGACAACGACUGUGGCGAUGGGUCGGACGAGGGCAAGAGCUGCAACAGCCAGUACAAGACGUGCACACCGCAAGAGUUCACGUGCCAGAACUUCAAGUGCAUCCGGAACCAGUACUGGUGCGACGGCGAGGACGACUGCGGCGACCACUCGGACGAGGUCGGGUGCCGAAAGGAGAACACGACCUGCCCGGACGGGAAGUUUGGGUGCAGCAACGGCCAGUGCAUCGACUACCAGCUGGUGUGCAACAAGGUGCCGGACUGUGCGGACGAGUCGGACGAGCCGCUGCACUGCAACGUGGACGAGUGCGCGAAGGUGGAGAUCCACCGGUGUGGCCACAAGUGCGUCGACACGCUGACCGGUUACUACUGUGACUGCAACCAGGGCUACAAGUUGCUCGAGGACGGGAAGGCGUGCGCGGACAUCGACGAGUGUAUCGAGACGCCGGGCGUGUGCUCGCAGCACUGUUCGAACACACCGGGCGGGUACUACUGCAAGUGCGACGAGCGGUACUACGAGCGGCAGAACGACGAGCACACGUGCAAGCGCAAGGACCGCACGGUACCGUGGUUGAUCUUCAGCAACAAGUACUACGUGCGCAACAUGUCCGUCGACGGGCGGCAGUACAACCUGAUCCACCAGGACCUCAUGAACGUGGUGGCGAUCGAUUUCGAUAUGCAGCAGCAGCAGAUGUACUUCUGCGACGUGACGGCGAAAACGAUCUUCCGGUCGAGCUUCGGGUCGCUGGUGGAGGACGUGCGGAUCGAGAAGGUGCCGGUGAUCAAGCAUGAUUCGCACGGCCUCGAGGGGAUCGCCAUCGACUGGGUUGGCCGCAAGCUUUACUGGCUCGAUCGACACUCGAAGAACCUGGACGUGGCGGAGCUGGACGGGACACGCCGGCGAACGCUGCGUAGCGGUGUGGUCGAUCCACGUGCCAUCGUCGUUCACCCGGGUAUCGGGUACCUCUAUUUCACGUCCUGGCACCUACAGGCGUACAUCGCCAAGAUGGGCAUGGAUGGGUCGAACUUUACGCGCAUCCUCACGUGGGAGGAUAAUAUUGCGUGGCCGAACGCGCUCACGAUCGAUUACUUCACCGACCGGAUCUACUGGGCGGACGCGCAUCUCGACUAUAUCGCGUUCGCGGACCUAGAGGGCCGCCACCGGCACGUGGUGUUGAGUGGGGCGCGCGUCCCGCACGUGUUUGCGCUCAGCAUCUUCGACGACAGCCUGUACUGGACCGACUGGAACCUGAAGGCGAUCGUGCGGGCGAACAAGUUCACCGGCGCGAACUACACGAUCGUGCGGAACACGACGCACCGGCCGUACGACAUCCACAUCAGCCACCCGUUGCGCCAGGUGGCGUUCGCAAACCCAUGCGCCGGCGGUGGGAAUGGGGGCUGCACGCAUCUGUGUCUGCUGGCGCCGCCGCUCGAGUCGACCUACCUGAACGUGGAGGGCUACAUCGAGGAGGGCGCCCCGAGCUACCGGUGCGCCUGCCCGAACCAGUUCUACCUGGCGCGCGACCAGAAGACGUGCAUCGCGAACUGCACCAGCGGCCAGCACCGGUGCGGGGGUUCGGACGAGAAGUGCAUCCCGUGGUUCUGGAAGUGCGACGGCGAGCCGGACUGUCAGGACCGGUCGGACGAGCCGGCCGACAGCUGCCCGGCCCGCCACUGCCGGGCCGGCACGUUCCAGUGCGGGAACGGCAACUGCACGCCCUCGACCACGAUCUGCGACGGGACGGACGACUGCGGGGACGGGACGGACGAGCAGAACUGCGAUCUGCCGUGCCCGGUGUCGGACUUUAAGUGUCGCUCGAGCGGCCGCUGCAUCCUGGACAGCUGGAAGUGUGAUGGCGAUGCCGACUGCAAGGACGGCAGCGACGAAGACCCGGACAUCUGCCACAAGCGGGCGUGCAACCCGGAGACGGAGUUCAGCUGCAAGAACGGGCGCUGCAUCCCGAAGCUGUGGAUGUGUGACUUCGACAACGACUGCGGCGACGACUCGGACGAGCCGGCGUACAUGUGCCGGCAGCGGAACUGCACCACCGGGUGGUCCCGGUGCCCGGGCCAGUCCAACUACCGCUGCAUCCCGCGCUGGCUGUUCUGCGACGGCAAGGACGACUGCCGGGACAAGAGCGACGAGCUGCCGGAAAACUGCCCACAGUGCAACCCGGAAACGGACUUCAAGUGCGGCAACAACCGCUGCAUACCAAGGCAGUGGAUGUGCGACUUUGCCGACGACUGUGGUGACGGGAGCGACGAGAACGAUACGCAGUGCAAGGGCCGGUACCGGGAGUGCUCGGAGUCGGAGUUCCGGUGCGACAACGGCAAGUGCAUCUCGAGCCGGUGGCGGUGCGACCACGAGGACGACUGUGGUGACAACUCGGACGAGUACGGGUGCGAGGGUUUCCAGUGCAAGAACGGUACGUUCCAGUGUGCGUCAGGCCACUGCAUCGCCGCGUACUUCCGGUGCGACGGGGAUCGCGAUUGCCGCGAUAUGUCGGACGAGAUCGGCUGCCCGGCACGGUUCCCCGGGGGCCGCUACUGUCCCGAGUCGCGGUUCCAGUGCAGCAACAACCUGUGCGUGCUGCCGUCGGAUCUGUGCGACGGAACGGACGACUGUGGCGAUGCGUCGGACGAGGCGCCGGCCGUGUGCACGAACUUUAACUGCGACACGCUGCGGCGGUUCCAGUGCGCGAACCAUCGGUGCGUCGCCCGGUACCAGAUCUGCGACGGGGUCGACAAUUGUGGCGAUGGGUCGGACGAGAACAAUAUGACGCUGUGCGCGGCCCGCCAGAAGCCGUGCGACCUGUACACGCAGUACCAGUGCGCGAACCGGAAGUGCAUCGAACGGGCGCAGAUCUGUGACUACGCGGACGACUGCGGGGACAGCUCGGACGAGCUCGGUUGUCACCACGCCGCCACCUGCUCGGCGUUGACGCGGGGCGGGUGCGAGCACCAGUGCGUGAACCUGACGGACGGCGGGUACAUCUGUGCGUGCUACGCCGGGUUCAUUAUCGACGCGGCGAACCGGAAACGGUGCACGGACAUUGACGAGUGUGCUACGGGGACGCACGGUUGCUCGCAGAUUUGCACCAACCUGAACGGCACGUACGCGUGCUCGUGCCGCGACGGGUUCCGGCUGUCGGACGGCGUGUCCGGCGUGUGCCGGGUGCUGCGCGACGAUCCGCUGCUGGUGCUGUCGAGCGAGUCGGAGAUACGGGCGUACGACGUGGGGCAGAACCACCAGUUCGGGGUGAUCGGGGGUGAGAAGCACAUCGAAACGGUCGACUACAACCCGGAAACGCAGAUGAUCUUCUGGACCGACAGCAAGGACAAGACGAUCAAGCGCUCGUACAUGGUGAACGCGGCGAACGGUGAGGCGAAGGUUGGGUUCGCGCAGGACCUCAACAUGAAGGGCAACUCGAAGCCGACGGCGCUAGCCGUCGACUGGGUCGCCGACAACCUGUACUGGGCGGAGACGGAUCGGGCCGGGCCGAAGCCGCGGGGUCGCGUGAUGGUCGCGAAAACGGACGGCCGGUACCGGCGGGCGCUGGUGAACGCGGGGCUCGAGGUGCCGACAUCGAUCGCGCUCGACCCGCAGCUCGGGCGGCUCUUCUGGGCCGACGCCGGCUCGGCGCCGAAGAUCGAGGUCUCGUGGAUGGACGGUUCCAAGCGGCGACCGAUCAUCACCGAAGCGAUCCGGCACCCGGCCGGGCUGACGGUCGAUUACGCGCAGGACCACAUGGUGUACUGGGUCGACACGAAGCUGAACACGAUCGAGAUGAUGAAACCGGACGGUACGAUGCGUCGGGCCGUGCUAAAGGGCGACCUGCUCAAGCACCCGGUUUCGCUCGACGUGUUCGAGUCGAGCCUGUACUGGAUCACGCGCGACACCGGCGAGCUGCUGCGCCAGGACAAGUUCGGGCGCGGCGUCCAGGUGACGGUCCAGCGUAACCUGGCCAACCCGUCCAGCAUCAAAGUUUACCACGAGCUGCGCUACAACACCACGCUGAACAACCCGUGCUACCGGAACCCGUGCUCGCACCUGUGCCUGCUGGUACCGGGCGGCCGGCGCUGCUCCUGCCCCGAUAACACCGUCCCCACAUCGCACCGCAGCACCACCGAAGUCGUGUGUGAUGCGCCGACGGAACGGCCACGACCAGCGCCCCGGGUCUGCCCGUGUCAGAAUGGUGGCCUUUGCCAUGAGGGUGGCGGUGGCGGCGGCAGCGAUAGCAGCAGCACCACCGCCGGUGAGCUGGUGUGCGUGUGCCUGCCCGAGUUCUCGGGGGCGCACUGCGAGGUGUACAGCGAGAAGAUUCUCGGCUCCACCGGUGGCAGCGCGGCGGCCAUCUUCAUCCCGAUCCUGAUCGUGAUGCUGGUCGGGGUCGCCAUCGGGCUGUUCUUCGUCGUCAAAAAGCGCCCAUUCGGAAAGCCCAGCCUCAGCUCGUCGCAGAGUGUCUCGUUCCGGCCGGGGACGAACGUCGAGUUCAGUUCGGCCGAAUUUGCAGCCGCAGCCGCAGGGGCUGGCGGCGCAGGUGGUGGCCAGCCCGGCCAUCACCGACCGGGCGCACCGGGCGCUGGCGGACUCAACAGUGGGCUGCCGGUCGGGGCACCGCUCGAUGGUUACAGUUUGGACACGCUCAACCACAAGAACACGGACUUCAGCAACCCCAUGUACGAUGCCGUCCAGGGUGGUACCGAUCCGGGUGCGGGCGGUGACCUUUCUUCCGAUAUCUACGAUGUGCCGAUGGAGGUAGGCAAAGGGGGCAGCAAGAAGGGCGGCGGCGGUGGCUCGUCGAUUGGCAGCAGCGGUCCGUUCUCCGAGCCAGUGUCGGCGAUUCUCGCCCCGAGCAGCAUCACCCACCGGACGUCACCGCAGCUGAACCUGCGCCCGAAGGAGCUCAACCCGUCCACCCACGACACCGGCAAGGACACGCAGCUUCUGGUCGAGGAAGACAAAUCGGAGUGCUAGUGCCCCAGGACACGCGGCGAACAGCCGGCUGGCUAGUGGGUAGAGGGCCCCGCCGCAGCUUUCGCGUUUAGGGGAGCGCGUUUCCAUGUGCUGUGCCGAAUGUUUGUAUGCACGUGUAAGUCUGUGUGUUUGUAUGUGUGUGUGUGUCUGUAGCAUCUAUUGUGUAUGAAUGAAUGGGUCUGUUAGAACACAAGUGUGGAGCCUAGCUCUCAAAUCAUCCGGAAACACGCGUGUCGCGCACAGAGGAGAAAGGACAUGAAAAGAGAAAGAGAGAGAGAGAAUAUUGUUUCGCAAAACUUACCAUACCGAACGCACCGAACGGGAGCGCUAUCCUAAUGAGGUGUUUGAAAAACAAAAAAAAAAACCCCAAACACUAAACGAGCUGAAGAUGGCCAACCCUCCCCUCGUGAGACACAGAAAGAAGAGAAGGGGGAGAGAAACACAGAGAAAGAGAGAGAGAGGGAUGGAGAGUGGAGCGCACUCAAGUUAUUGUCCAUAAUUGAAGCAACUACGACUACUAGGUUUUGUACAUAUUUAAGCUGAUGGAAACUUUGUGUUAAUAUUGAAUUUUAAAUAUUUGAAUAUUUAUGAUAAAGUGAUCGACGGCGUCGACGGUUUUUUUUUACCGCCGCCAGCUUGGAAGGAAGCACAGAGAGGACAGGCGUAGCAGCACGACCGACCGGAAGUAGGAGUAGGCGAAGCACCACGGGGAGGGAGCAACGGUGGGGACACAGUUAUAGGAAGCCAUGGCAUAUAUGGGUGUCGGCUAAUCCAACGACCGCGGGAAAGUAAACCGUGUGUGUGUGUGCGUAUGGGGAAGAUGGGACGAUUUUUAGCUCAAGUAUAGUUGUUCUAAAAUAUUUUAAACAAUGUUAAUUAGUAGUGCUCUGAACUAGCGCUGAGUGCAAGGUUCUAGUUUUCGAAAAAAAUAUGACAUAAAACAUACCUCAUCGCCUUCUCGCUUCUUUCCACCGAACGGCCGUAAAAACGCCCGCGUCUCCGUCGACGAGAAAUGUCGUUGCUCUUUUUUUUCUUUCGAGAAUACAUAAAAGAACGUUAAAGAACGUAAAAGAAACACGUUUUUUAACACAGGGUUUGGUUAGGCGCACUG